AUGAAGGAUCUUGGAUUGCUGAAGUAUUUUCUGGGAAUAGAGGUUUUGAGAUCAAAGAGGGGAAUCUUCAUUAACCAGAGGAAAUAUGUACUCGACUUACUGGCGGAAACCGAGAUGUUGGAUUGUAAGCCAGCAGAUACUCCUAUGGUGCAGAAUCAUGGACUACAGAUAGUAGAAAGAGCUGAACCUACACAUCGCACGAGGUACCAACGCUUGGUCGAUGCUGAUUGGGCCGGAAACCCGAAUGAUCGAAAGUCAACCGCAGGGUACUUCACAUUCGUUGGUGGGAAUUUGGUCACCUGGCGAAGCAAGAAACAAAAGGUGGUAGCUUUGUCAAGUGCUGAAGCAGAAUUUCGAGGGAUCAAGAGUGGAUUGACAGAGAUCCUAUGGCUAAAAAGGCUAAUGACCGAGUUGGAGCUGAUGCCGUCAGGACCCUGCAAGCUCUUCUGCGAUAACAAGGCAGCCAUCAGCAUAUCUGAGAAUCCGGUACAGCAUGACCGGACGAAACAUGUUGAAGUCGAUCGGCACUUUAUCAAAGACAACAUUGAAGCCAAGGUUGUGGAACUACCAUUUGUCAGAUCAGAAGACCAGCUAGCUGAUAUCCUUACUAAAGCAGUGGACUCUAGAAGCUUUCAUGAAGAACAUUGUUGUAUUUUGGGAGCUAUUCCAUUUUUUGCUCUCAAGGAGGGUGCUGCCAUGGUGGUAAAACGGUGA